GAUGGCCACGGAUUUCUGUCACCACCGUCAGCAGCAUUGACCACAAUGAAAGAGAGAACCGGUGAAGAUUCCCUGCUGUAUGAGCUUUCAUGCGUUUAUCGAAAAGGAGUCGGGAUGUCGUGUUCCUUCCUGUCUUACGGUAGCUCAUGCUGAUCAUACAUGGACAAUGUUUAGUUGAUGUCUCGGCCCCAUAGACAUGGACUCAAGCACCGUGCUCACAUUUAGAGGCUCUAGGUCAUGUAUUUAAACAACCGGCUAAGCUUCACAGAGGAGAAAAGCUCUCUUCAACGCAGCAGAUCCAGAAGUCGAGCGAACGGAAGCCAUGGAUUCGACGGCUGUCAUUUCAACUAUCGAGAAUACGGUCACGGUUUCGAUAUCGGACAAUGGGAGGCAAACAAGUUCGACAGCUCCUGACACUGUCCAAAGCGUUUUGGAAACGUUCCACCGCGAUGGUGUCGUAAUUAUACGCAACGCAGUCCCGCACACUUCCCUCGAUCAUUUACGGACGAAGAUGACGGCAGAUUGCCUGCAUCUGCUCACAAAGCGAGAAAACCCCCAUUUCAACCACGGGAAGGCGGCGCAGAAUCUCUCGCAGAACCUUCCAGUGUCCCCAGAAUACCUGCACGAUGGAAUCUGGGCGAAUGAAUACGCCAUCGUUGUCAUUGAAAACAUCCUCGGUCCCCAUCCUCAACUCGCUUUUGUCGGCGCAAACACAGCUCUCCCGCACGGCGUCGGCCGUCAAGCCGUCCAUUCGGAUGCGUACUUCCCACACCUUGACUUCGCUUUUGGCGUCGAAGUCAAUAUCUUUCUCGACGACGCUUCAGCUGAUAACGGAGUGACGGAGCUUUGGCUCGGCUCGCAUGUUGGCACGAAUUUCAAGGAUCAAGUCCCGAAUACACGUGGCCGGAUCAAGAAGCCACUUCUCGACGCCAGAGCAGCCGUCUCUCCGCCGAUCCAGCCCACUGUCCCGAAGGGCUCUAUUGUUCUUCGCGACUUGCGCACCUGGCACGCUGGAAUGCCCAAUCGUUCCUCUACCCUGCGAAUCAUGCUGGGCUUUAUUUUCUUCCCGGCUUGGUAUCGAACGUCGAUGCGGGUCACUUUCCCAUUGUCCGCUAAGGGUGUUGUUGAGUCGUGGAAGGGAGCUGAUUUCGUGGCUACCGCUCAGUUCGUGGACGGUAAGGUGGAUUAUCAAACUUGCCGUUCAAAAUGAACUUGACGCAAGACGAAGAAGGGGGUAUUGGGAGGUUGAAGAGGAAAAGGAAACAUUCGGGUGUAAAGCCGCAGGUGUCGGAGGAACAUUAUUGGACGCCGAAAUCUAUGCUGUGAAUGGUGGGGGUCUUUCAGCACUGACAGGAGUGGAUAGCGUGAUGUUUCCCCUUCAGAACAAAAUAACAUAUUUUCGGGGAAG